AUGCCAUGGACCAACGCCUACGAUGCAACAAUCAGACCGGUGGACCGUGUCGUGCUGUUCUGUCACAAGAAGCGGUCGUCACUACAUGCUCGCAUGUUCCGAUCUGCUCUUUCUGGUUUCCAUCUCUUCCUAACCCUUGAUAGACACAUCUUUUGCAUCGCAUGCUCCAAAAAUGCCGGUCUGACCGAUGCUCCCCGGACGCAGCGUCGCUGUCCUGUUUGUGCAACCACCCUUCCUAAUAUCGAUGAUGCAGUCCAGACGCGCCUCAACCCUUCGGAGGAAUACAAGGCCAGCGUUCUCAGCGGACUCGACCCUUCAACGAUCAUGGAAUGUGCAGGGCGGGCAAUAGCCUUCUGGACCUACCAGAUUACACAGGAAUUCUCUUAUCAGGAGUACGUCGCUAAAAAUCUCAGCGAGAGUAAUGACCACCUCAACACAGCUGUGGACAAGAUAAUCCACGACGCCAACACUGAAAUCCAGGCGCUGGAGAAGAAGUUUGAGGCGCUCUCGGUCGAUCACAAGACAUUGGAGCAUAAAUAUGCGGAGCUCGUUGAUCUCUACCGGGAAAAAAGCAGGAAGCAUUCCCAGACCCAGAAGCUGUAUGAUACUCUAAAGAAAAAGUGUCUUGUCGAGCAGACACACGGCCUUGUCUCGAACAAUCCUGCACAGAUCCACAAGCCCGUAAACACCAUACCGCAGCCGGCAUCAGCCCGGACGCGGGCAGAUCAGAAUCAGGGUCCUCCACAGCGUCCGAGGCUGAACGAAAGACCCGGCUCCCGGGGUGGGCAAAUACACCACGGCCCCGAACAACUUCAUCCUCACCAACGGUCGGGUAGCAGCGCGUACGGGGGCGACCAGGUUGGCAUGCUCCCACCAGAAAGGUCUCGCUUGGCCAAAACCCGUCUGUACUUCUCAUUCAAAUACAACAGACUUUUGCUCACAGAUCGAAGCGAACAUGCCGGUCCCGGGCACUCCAGCGCACAGAAUAGCCUUGCCAAGUCAGAAUUGGGAAAACACGAAUCGCACCUAUAUCCCCACAGCAACUUCACAAAUACAGUUCCCGCGCCGACAAGAAGUGCCAGGCUCAGCUCGCCGCCAGCCACUCUUUCCAAGUAG